UGCACCGUAACUGCGUUGUGGUGCGCGUAAACGCAAAUUGUGUGCAAUACGAGGUUUUAGAAAGUGAUGUGUAUAGUGCGAUGUUGUCGGUGAGCAAGCCGGCGUCUCUGGUCCAACAGAAGAAGCAGCAGUGGGCGCGGGAGAGAGAGGAGAUGUCUCAGCUGUACUUGCCGUGGGGCGCAGGCGAACGGUACACCAACCGCCUCCAGGUGCGGAACCAGUUCGCGAGCACUCUGGAACUCCACAAGCAGUCUUCAUACGAGUACCAGGAGCCCAUACAGCGUCAGAGAAGCCCCAGUUUACCCCCAAUACGUCACUCAGAGCCAGACAGGAGAGACGAAAGGAGACCGAAGGAAGUUCUCAACCGGAACAUACCAAGUGCGAAGCGGUUCGCGUUUUAUGACGAAGACGGCGAAGGAGACACUUCGGGCUACGGUAGUGAGACUGUCAACCACAUCAGAGGUGGGCUGCAUGACGUCACCAACCACAACCCAGUCAUGGCGUGGCAGCAAGAUGACAAAGAUAACAGGAGCAUGGGGCCGGCGGGCGCGGACGUGUGGUCGGCCCGGAGCCCGAGGAGUGCCACGGACGAGGGCCGGCCGCGCUGGGGCGAUCGCGGCGUCGCCACCGGCCGCCUCUGGGAGCCUACCAACCCCAACGCCAGACUGCCACAGAUGCCAAACCAAAAGAAAGGCACUCCAUCGUGGGUGGAGCGAGGCCUGAACAUGAUAGAUAACACAGCAGAUGUUCUAGUCAUAGACCAAAGAAGUUCUACCAACUCCGGAUUCGAAUGUGACGGAUCCUCCUGUAACGGCAGCGAUGAAGGAAAUAGAACUUUUCUCCGUGGACAAAAUGUGCCUCUGGAACCAGAGGUCAAGGCCCAGAGAGAAAACCAGAGAUUGAAGGCAUUAGAGUUACAGUCAGCAAUAUUAAGUCAACUAGAAGAUCGGGAAAAACGGCGAAUAGAAGAGAGAGAAAGAAAACUAAGAGAAGAGAGGUUAGAAGAGUUGAGAAUACAACGGCAACAAGAAGAAGACAGAAUAAGACUUGAAGAAGAAAAAAGAAGAAAUGAAGAAAAACAGCUGCAGGAACAGAGGAAACUAGAAACGCUCAAGAAAGCACUUGAAGAAGCAGAAAAGAAGGCAAAGUUAGAGAAAGAAAAGAGAUUUAUUUCUCUUAAACAAAAUAUGAAUUCCAACAUAGUAACUAAUGACAUCAAAACAAAAGUAGAAGAAAAUGUUUCCACUGAAUCACCCAUUUAUUCCGAAGCAGUCAGUCCAACGAAAUCUAAUCGAACAUACGAUGUUCACUCAGCAAAAAGUCAGAAGAAAGAAACCAAUUCGCAACAAACAACUGAAUUUAACUCUCCAAGGUCGGCGGGCCCAGGAAACUUGAAUUUAUAUAUUCACAACGGCCCUCCGCUAGCUCUCGCGGAUAACCAAUUCAAUAUCGUACCAAUUGGCAUCAACGGAAAUGGCGAAUUAGUCAGCGCACAGCCGAACGGUAUACAACUCGCUGUUCUAGUACCUCAGAACCUAAGUAAUAGCCUAUACAGCGUAUCAUUAAACUCGCUUAAUAACGUAAAUGAAUUAUCGGAAACCGGUAAAGUACUAACACCUAGAAAGUAUCGUAUAGCUAAAACAAAAGACGUAUCAACACAAACCGAUCCCGUUAUCUGCAGAUCCUCAAAUGAUAAAAUACUUGAAACUGAAGACGUGGAAAGAAAUAACGAUAAAGAAUAUUCGAAUAUAGAUGAAAACGCGCCUCAAGAUAGCAAUCACAAUACGCUGAAAAAGGAUCGCAGGUUUAGAUCGGAGGAAAGAUAUAAAAAAGAUAUUGAAAACCGUCCCAAAUGGGGUGUGAACAGACCAGCUGCGCAGUACAAAAAGCAAAGUGAGAAGGACCCGUUUUACAGCCAAAAAAGAAAAAUGCGACAAAAGUAUCGAGCACAGGCGAGACAGUAUAUGUCACAGUCGAGCGAUGACAGUCGCUCGCCCAGCCCCCCCACGCGCUCCGAAAAGACAGACAGCAAUCAGAAGACGCGGAAUUCAUUAAGCCAGUCAUAUUGGAGAAGUAAACGAUCUAGUCAAGAUUUGUCAAGAAACAACAAUACGGAUUCAAAUAAUGCCGCGCCCGAGUUUGUUCAUUUAAGCCAAAUAACCGCAAAUGAAACAGAAAACAAAAAGUCGCCCAAAAUGUCUCCUUCGAAAAGAAUGACCUUGUCACAAAAGUUUAUCAAUGACAAAUAUGGUAACAGAAGAUUAUGGGUUGAUGAUGUAAACGAAAGAAAUUCUAAAUCAAAUAUUUUCGAUGUAGAAAAUAGGAAAAAGUUGAUUGAUCAGCUAAAUACUGCCAAGAGAGAUUAUUACGAGAGAAAUGAAGAUCACGAUAACUUAGUCAUUAAAACUAAAUAUUGA